CCUUUUAGAGUAAGGGAGGGGGGGUUGUGCUCAUAGAACUGCGGGUUAUUACAGCAUCGUCACUAUCUGCGUGCAGCAUCCCAGACAGGUGCAGAGAGUACAGGCUAGAGCUCUGAAAAUACGUAAAGACUUUUUUAAGUAAGCUAAAUCAGAUUCAAAGCUGUGACCAUGACCCAGGGAAAGCUUUCAGUAGCAACAAACAAGUCAGAGAAUGGCUUGGAUGUUCAGCCGGUGGCCUCAGAUCCUCCAAGUUAUCAUGAGGCAACUGCUGGUGGCAGCCCUUGUUAUAGUGGAGCUUAUCCCGAAGAUGGUGAGAUGCUCACAGAAUUCAGCUGGGAUGACCGAAGGAUCAGGAGGAUAUUCAUCCGCAAGGUGUACACCAUCCUGAUGCUCCAGCUUUCUGUCACAUUUGCCUUUGUGUCUCUUUUCGUUUUCUGUAAACCCGUGAAAGAUUACAUUCAUACCAACCCUGGCUGGUAUUGGGCAUCAUAUGCAGUGUUUUUUGUCACAUAUCUGACCCUGUCCUGCUGCCGUGGACCCCGGAGGCAGUUCCCAUGGAAUCUGAUUCUGCUCACAAUCUUUACUCUGUCUCUUUCUUACAUGACAGGAACGUUGUCCAGCUACUACAAUACUUCAUCUGUCGUCAUCUGCCUGGGAAUUACCAUCUUGGUCUGUCUUGCAAUUACAAUCUUUAGCUUCCAAACCAAGAUUGAUAUUACUUCAUACCAAGGUGUGCUGGUGGUCUUCUGCACAGUAGUGUUUAUUUGCGGAAUUGUCCUGGCAUUCAUCCUGCCCUUUGCAUAUGUUCCAUGGUUGCACGUUGUGUAUGCUGCCUUGGGAGCAAUACUGUUUUGCAUGUUCCUGGCAUUUGACACGCAGAUGCUGAUGGGAAGCAAGCGAUACACCAUAAGUCCUGAGGAAUACAUCUUUGCCACCCUCAGCAUAUACCUGGACAUUGUUUACAUCUUCUCUUUCUUUCUCCAGUUGUUUGGUACUCCUGAACGGCAGUGAAAGUGCUGUUUAACCUGAAGCUCUUAUGGCUCUCCUGAGUGUCUUUUGUCCCUCUGGUCUGAGUGAUCUUGUCCUCUCCAGCAUGAUAUGGAUAUUCAGUGCACGCUGUUUAGUUCCCUCUCCUCAGAUAUUAUCACGUGUCAUGUGUUUAUCCUGUAGUAGAAAGGAUAUACAUAACACAUGCACACUGGUAAAACUUUAACAACAUCCAUCUAGUUUUACACAUGGUGCCAUAGAAAACAAAAUAGAAAAUAGUAAAUACAUUUGUGAAACCUAUAUGAUGUCAUUAGCAGUGAAAGUGCAUGUAAUAUUUGGUCAGACUCAGAUAGGAGCACAAGCAGCAUCACAUUGAGGUGUGUAUUUAUCCAUCUAUUCCCUCUUUGUGAAUGACUCUGCAAAAGUUUCAUAAUGUGAGAUCACAGCAUGAGGACAUUUUAACAAAUCAUUCCAAGAAACUAUACAUAGUGAAUAUUUUUUGAACAGCUGGCUGGAUUUGAGGAGAGCACAUAUGAAUCGAAUGAACAUUACUGAUUUAAUUUGCAAAAACAUAUUUUUAUAUGUUAUGAAUUUUUUCAUUGGGCAAUUUUCACUGCCAUUUUAAAGUCAUUGACUUGUUUGAGAUGUGCUUUGUUGAGCAUUAUUAUUUUAUUUAGCCCUGUAUGUAUUAUUAAUUCAUUCAUUACACAGAAUUUUAAUGUAUUAUCAUAGUACAUAUCUAUUUUUGAAGAAAAUGAAUUAUUUUGAAUGACUUUGGUUCACAAAAAGAGUGCAAAAUCACUGUAGCUGCGUUUAAACAGAAUGCAGUGCUACAUAUAAUUUUUCAUGUUUGUGGUCUUUACUGUAAAGAUGUAUGUUGCAAUAAAAAAGAAAAGGUUUAUCAGAGUAAAUAAAUGUAAAAGUUUUUUUUCUUCCUGAAAACAAAUAAAAUUCCAAACCCCUCA